GCUGGUGAAAAUGUGAGGAGAAAUCGACGGCCCAAAGCUUAGGACGCAUGGCCAUGGUGGCAGACCACUAAAGGACCGACAGAUCUGCCUUUCUUUUGCUUUGUAUAUGUGUAUUUGUCGCUCAUUAUGUAUCUCAUGCACAGACUUCGAUGUUUCACUUUCCGCCUCAGCAGCAACCACAGCAGUAGUAGCAGCAGCAGCGCAGCAACAUUGCCCAACGCCAAAGCAAGCACCUAUCAUCCGUCUGCCCCACUUUGGUCCAUGGCGGGAACCAAAUGUUUUGUCACUUGCCCAUUGGUUUUUGUAGUUAGGAGAAGAGAGAAGCAGAAAUGGAGAGAGAGAGAGAGAGAGAGAGAGGUAUCUCAUUCUCAUUCUUCUCUCUUAUUAUUAUAAUAUAAUCUUUGGACUGCGACUGAAACCCUGUUUCUGAUUCCUCCUUUUUCUUCUUUCUCAUUCGCGCAUUCGAACUAACAGUCGUGGGUUCUGUGUUUGUUCGGUCGCUUGUGUCUCGAGUUCCUUCCUUUGCCCCAAGAAAGAGAACCUACGACUCGUUUUUCUGGUUCGCCGAGUCCCGACUCGAAUCUGCAAACUGUUCUCUUCGAAUUUCGUUUGAAGUGAUUGUUGAACUUUCAAACCCCCUCUUCCAUCCUAAAGGAAAGUUUUUGACUGUGGGAGCGUUGUUCGGCCUCUGUUCUCGGAUUGCGCAUAUUCACUCUCUGCCGCCUCAAACUGAUUCGUUAUCAAGGAUAGGAAUAUGUGACGAGCUGAUUCUCUUCGUCUUCCUCUUCACGAUUUUGCGCCAAGACAGAAGUACACCCAGAAGCCCAAAAAAAAAAAAAAAAAUGAUUCCUUUUCCUCUUCUCAUAAAAUUUUCUCCGCUUCCUUCAAGCAAUUGAAGCUCGUCUGGUAGCGUCUCGCCGGACUUCUUUGGGAAAAUUAGCAAGUUCUUGAGGUUGGUUUAAGCCAUGGGAUGAGUUCCCGAAUACUCCGAUUCUCCAUUCCCUAUGCUAAGGCUUGUGCUUUACAUGGAGAAGACGAACUUUCUAACUCUGGAACUGGUCUUACUGGUUAAUCUCUGCCUAUGCGACGCUUCUGGGCAAUGCCAAAACAGGUCUUCUUCAAUCAAUCAUGUCUCGGCUCAGCCGCCAUCCCCACCCAAGUCACCGGAACUAAGGAACGGGUUCCAAAAGGUCAUUCUCAGCAUUGUGUUUGGGAUUCUAACCGGCUUGAUUGGCGCUUUUCUCUUCGCUUGCAUAGUUCGCUGCUUCGUUCGUUACAUAGCCAGAACCCCCAUUCUCAAAGGCCCCGUUAUAUUUUCCCCCAAAAUCGCUCCCAAGACCCUUCAAUCUGCCCUCGCAACCGAGAACCAGUUGCUGGGGUCUAGCUCCAAUGGGAAGUACUACAAAACAGUUCUUGACAAUGGCCUCAUAGUUGCAGUGAAGAGGCUCGAGCCCUUUGGGCCUAGCUCUCCAGAGACUCAAAGCAAGUCGGUCAAGAGGCGGAUGCAGCAGGAGCUUGAGAUGCUUGCCAGCUUAAGCCACCGGAAUUUGAUGAGCUUGAGGGCUUUUGUUCGCGAACCUGACCGGAUUUGUUUGGUUUAUGACUAUAUGCCCGUUGGUAGCCUUGAAGACGCCAUGAACAGAGUGAGGGAAAACCAGUUGCAGCUUAGUUGGGAAGUUCGGCUUAGGAUUGCGGUCGGGAUAGUUAAGGGGCUCCAGUACCUUCACUUCAGUUGUUCACCCAGAGUUUUCCACUACAAUUUGAAGCCGACGAAUGUGAUGGUGGAUGCAGAUUUUGAACCUAGGCUGGCAGAUUGCGGUUUGCCCAAGGUGAUGCCCGGCAUGGAUAGAGCAACAUCAGGCUACAGUGCUCCAGAGUGUUUCCAGGACUGCAGGUAUACUGACAAGAGUGACGUGUUCAGCUUUGGAGUUAUACUGGGUGUGCUGUUGACUGGCAGAGAUCCAAUGGAUCCAUUCUUUGGGGAAGCAGCGAGUGGGGGCAGCAUGGGGCAGUGGCUUCGGCAUCUGCAGCAAGUAGGGGAGGCCCGAGAGGCCUUAGACAAGAGUAUUCUAGGCGAAGAAGUAGAAGAAGAUGAGAUGCUUAUGGCAGUGAGAAUUGCUGUUGUAUGCUUAUCCGAUUUGCCUGCCGAUCGGCCUUCGAGCGAUGAGCUUGUUGCUAUGCUCACUCAACUCCAUAGUUUCUAAACAAACGUAAGAACUCCCACACUUCCACUUCCACUUCCACUUCAACGCAUUUGGUUGUUUAUACAGCUUCUGUAUGUGCCAUCGCUAUUUGUAGCUAGGCUGGUUGGGUUUGCCGUGGAAGCAACCAAAAAGCUAUGCAGAUCCAAUCAUUUUUUGCUCUCUUCUUCGUUUACUUUUGAGAGAUUUUGGAUUUAGGCAUAUAUGGUGUUUGAAUGAUGUUCAAGUAUACCCAAUAGUCCAUGCAGAGUUGGCUUUAGUUGGAAUGGUCAGAGUUUUGUAGAUUGCUAGUUGGGGUUGCUGUGAUUCUGGUAUUUGAGUUUUGUUGACUUUUCUAGUUCCCUCUAGCUAUAUUCUAACAUAGGGGCACGCACACGUUGAAGGAUGCAUGUGAAGAAGAGAAGAGAAGAGAAGAGGAUAAAAGGGGCCUUUUCAUGAGGCUCCCCUUUUGUCUGGGUUAAUUGAUGCGUAUCGUCGUUUAAUAACUUUGAAAACACUCUGAUUUUUCGCUAAUCAGAGAAACAAUCUUAAUUUUGCUGCAAAAACAACUCAAUGAGGAUGUUGAAAGAUAUUUGUAGUAAAGUGGAUGAUAAAGGAAGGAGAAUUUGCAGUCAGAAAAGAGUGUUGGAAACAUAGGCAAUGAUUUGUAGCGAUGGGUGGGUGCGGUUGUGGUUGCAGUCUUCUUUAAGGACAGCUUGAUGGAAAUUAGCUGAUGAUGAUGGUUUACUAUGGCAUCUCGUGGCUCUCUUUUAUCCUUUCCGCGGAUGAGCAUGGUUUGGUCGUGCCAACAAAAGCCACAUCAAUUGUACCUUCUUUCUUUUUCUUUUUUUUUUCUUUUUUGUUUAAUAUAAUAUAUAAUAAUGGAGAUUGUAAUAUAAAGUUCACGUGCUUGCGUCUGAGUCUGAGUUAACAGAUGAUGCAUGUUCAGUGGGUACUGUAGGUCAGAUGAUUAUAACAGUGGGUAUGUCCAUGUCCAUCGUGUCCUGUGCAAAACCUACGGUUGAAGGAAGUUUGUUUUUUUU